UUAAAUAUUCUGCUAGAUCUCUGCGGAGGUUGCCGGUUCGAAACUCCCAUCGUAAAAUUUCAUUCAAUUACAUUUAAAGCGCAGAUAUUUUCAUAACAAGAGUCGCAACGCUAACUUUUGCCACUAGGAAACUCCUUACCAUUUUUUUCUUUGAUCACGAUUUUUUUUUUUUUUUUGACUUUUUCACCGCAAUUUUUUGUUUCAAAUCAAUGUUGAACGCCGAGAUAACUGAAUAGUAAGAUCCCGUUCGAAAGUUGAUCCCAUUCGAAAGUUUGAGUUUAGAACCGAGAUCAAAUUGUUCGUUUUCGUUUAGACAUCUGCAGUUCGAAAUUAUUGAAAUACCUUGUUUGAUCUGAUUUUGUGAGAACCCUCGUUCUGGCUUAUAUUAGUUUUCUACACAAAUUGUCUUGUAUGAACUAAUUUGAAUUUAAACCGGGUAAUCCAUUUAUGCUAUGACCAGGUUCCAUUGAAAUUCUUGUCUGCGCAGCGAAAUCAUGAUAUACGUUUGUAUCAAAAGAAAUGCACAUUAUUAUCAUCAAGUUCUGUUGAUUUUCACCCCGCUGUAGUGAAAUUUAUGCGACAUUUAGAUCUGAAACUAAACUUCUGAAAGUUAUGCUACAGUUAGUUUUGAAACCAAAUAACAUAGAUAUUCUUUUAUUCUAUGGUCGGUUUCUCUUCGUUAAAAUCGCCUUAUGUUAACUCUUUUAUAAUUCUUUGUGACAGUUUUCCGUGAAGCCAAAAAAUCAAAGAUUUUCAUUUACGCUGUAGUUUUCCCUUGAAAACCUUUUGAAAUUGCUAUUGUUAUAAGCCUUCUUUGGCUGAAUUCUUCGUGAUAUCUUUCACUGAACCAAAAUAAAUUCUAUGCUCUUAAUAGAAAUAGCAAAGUCCUUUUUAAUGCAGAUUAAAAUGCUAUCUUCUCCUAGCCUUAGCCGCAAGCUUUUAAUUAGCCGCCAUUCAUGGAGUACUUAUAGUUGGAGAUAUCUAUUCGCUUUCUGUUGCAUCUGUUGUGGUAUGUUGGGUAUCAUUCUGUCAAUCUAUAUUACAUGGGGGCCGGUUUUGGCAUACCAGUGCGAGAAAGGGCGAGAUACAACGAAUGCUUCUGCAAACGGAAAGAGUGAUGUUCAAAAUAGGCAAAAGGUUUUAGGCUUUGUUGGAAUUCAAACUGGGUUUGAUUCUGUGGACAGGCGUAGAGCUCUAAGGAAAACUUGGUUGCCUUCUGAUCAGGAUGGGUUGUUAAGGUUGGAAGAAAUGACGGGUUUGGCUUUCAGAUUUGUUAUAGGACAAAAGAAUGAUGCCACCAAAAUGAGAGAGCUUGAGAGCGAGAUCAAGAAAUACAAUGAUUUUUUACGUGUAGAUACUGAGGAGGACUACCAUAAAUUGCAAUAUAAAACGUUGGCUUUUUUCAAAGCUGCAUUUCGGCUCUUUGAUGCUGAUUAUUAUGUUAAAGCGGAUGAUGACAUCUAUUUGCGACCAGAUCGUCUUUCAACACUCUUGGCAAAGAAGCGCUUUUCUCCUCGAACAUAUCUAGGCUGCAUGAAGAAGGGUCCAGUUUUCAAAGACCCUAAUUUAAAAUGGUAUGAACCUCUGGGAGACAUGCUUGGGAAUGAAUAUUUCAUUCAUGCUUAUGGGCCUAUAUACGUUCUGUCAGCAGAAAUAGUGGCAGGGCUAGCAGUACUAAACAAUGACAGGCAUCAAAUGGAGGUCUCUUCAAGGAAAAUCAAGCCGGAUCCAGGACGGUCUUGGGACUUAAGGUUAGAUGAACGACUUCGAGUGAGUUCCCUAAAGUUUAACAAUCCUAUAUCAGUUGAUUUCAGUUGGAUUGAUACUAGCUCAGCUUGA